AUGAGUGAUUCUGAAGCUGAUUUAAGUAGACUAGGUGUUAAUAUUUUAUCGCAGAGCUCAUUAGAACAAAGAAUCGAAUCAGAUGCCUCAUCGUUGAUUAAUAAACAACUUUUGGAACAAGAACUCAAUCGAUUAGAUAGGGCCAAUAAUUCAUUAGAUAAAUCACUGACUAAGAAGAGAUUGCUAGAGAGAAAGCUUGCAAAUACAUCAAGAAUAUCUGUUAAACAAAGACUGCGAGAACAGAUUGAUGAAAUUAAUAAAAAUGAACUUAAUUCUAUAAGAAGAGACAUUAAAGAUAUAAAAGGAAGAAUAUCAGAUGCUGAAAUUAAUAUUUCUGGAACUUCAAGACCAAAUUUACCACAAGGUAGAAAAGAAGGUGAAUCCGAGCAUGAUUACUUGAUUAGAACUGGUCAGAUUACAGCAUUUGGGUCUAAAACUGGAUUUAAGUUGGAGAAUGAAGAAUCUGAUUUGGAACACAUAUCAGAUAAUGACUUUAAGCUGGCUAAUCAGCAGAUGGUUGAAAAUAUCUCAGAUAAAUCUGAUGGCGAAUACGUUUUAGAUGGUAAUGAGGAAGAUAUAGAUUUUAUUGAAGAUGAGUUUGAAACCAAUGAAGAUUUAGUGGAGAUAAAAUCACAGCCAGGAGAAACUAGAGACGAUGGUGAUGAGUUGGUAUAUCAAAAACGUUUAAAGAAGUGGAUUCAACAACGAUCAUCUGAUCGGAAAGUUGAUAAAUAUCCGGACCUACCAGAAUGGAGGAAACCACAUCCUCAUAUUUCAGACGCUAAACUGAAUGAUGAAUUUAGAAUUCCAGGUGAUAUAUAUUCACUUUUAUUCAAUUACCAAAAGACUUGUGUUCAAUGGCUUUACGAAUUGAAUCAGCAAAAAUGUGGUGGUAUCAUUGGUGAUGAAAUGGGUCUGGGGAAAACAAUACAAAUCAUAGCAUACCUUGCCUCGUUACAUCAUUCAGGACUGUUAGACGGGCCAAUUUUGAUCGUUUGUCCGGCUACUGUAAUGAAACAAUGGUGCAAUGAACUCCAUCAUUGGUGGCCGCCUCUGAGGACAGUAAUUCUGCAUGCAAUGGGUGCUGGUAUGUCAGCAAAGAAGAAAAUUAGCGAAGAAGAGCUUGAGAAUCUUAUAAUGACUUCAAAUGCUGCUGAUUUUUCAUAUGACGAAUUUACUAGUUCUUCAAAAGUGAAGUCUCAGCUGGAAUCAUCGAGAAGCAUUCAAGAAUUAAUCGACAAAGUUGUUAAUGAUGGACAUGUAAUUAUCACAACAUAUGUAGGCUUAAGAUUACACUCUGAUAAGUUGUUGAAGGUUAAUUGGUCAUAUGCAGUAUUAGAUGAAGGACAUAAGAUUAGGAAUCCAGAUUCAGAAAUUUCAUUAACUUGUAAAAAAUUGCGUACUCGUAAUCGUAUCAUUCUGUCUGGUACUCCAAUUCAGAAUAAUUUAAAUGAACUUUGGUCUCUAUUUGAUUUCAUAUUUCCUGGUAAAUUAGGAACUCUGCCAGUUUUCCAACAGCAAUUUGUAAUGCCAAUUAAUAUGGGUGGUUAUGCAAAUGCUACUAAUAUACAAGUUCAAACUGGUUACAAAUGUGCCGUAGCACUUCGAGAUUUGGUGUCACCUUAUCUACUUCGUAGAAUUAAAGCUGAUGUCGCUAAAGACCUUCCAGAUAAGAGAGAGAUGGUAUUGUUCUGUAAGCUAACUCAAUUUCAAAGAAAUAAAUAUAUUGAAUUUUUGAAUUCUAAAGAAUUGGGACAAAUUCAAAAUGGUAAAAGACAAGUUCUUUAUGGUAUAGACAUUUUAAGAAAAAUAUGUAAUCAUCCAGAUUUAUUAGAAAAGGAGAAUAGAACUUUGAAUAAAGCCUAUGGUGACCCAAAACGUUCAGGUAAAAUGCAGGUUGUCAAACAACUGCUUUUAUUAUGGAAAAAGGAAGGUCAUAAAACGUUACUAUUUACGCAAUCAAGACAGAUGCUAGAUGUUUUAGAAGACUUUAUCAGCUUCAAAGAUGAAGACUUAAAAGGAUUCAAAUAUCUGAGAAUGGAUGGUACAACAAAUAUCUCACAUAGACAAUCUCUUGUAGACAAGUUUAAUAAUGAAAAUUAUGAUGUCUUUUUGUUGACUACAAGAGUUGGUGGUCUUGGUGUAAAUUUGACAGGUGCAGAUAGAAUUAUAAUCUUUGAUCCUGAUUGGAACCCGUCUACUGAUAUGCAAGCUCGUGAACGUGCAUGGAGAAUUGGGCAAAAGCGUGAAGUUUCUAUAUACAGAUUGCUGAUAACCGGUACGAUUGAAGAGAAAAUAUAUCAUAGACAACUAUUCAAGCAGUUUCUAACCAACAAGAUUCUAACUGAUCCUAAACAAAAGCGAUUUUUUAAAAUGAAUGAACUUCACGAUUUAUUUAGCCUAGGAAGUGAUUCUGGGUAUGGUACAGACCAACUGAAUGAAGAAGUUCAAAAACAUACAGAUGCAUUGAAAAGUUCCCGAACUGAGGAGAGUGAUGAUUUUGAACAGGUCGUUAAUAUUGCCGGUGUCUCUAAAUUGGAAAGUUUUUAUAACGGGAAAGAAAAACUCGAAAAAUCUAAAACUGAAGAUGAUAGAUUAAUGGAAGGCCUAUUGGGUGAUAAUUUUGUAGAGUCAGCUAAAUCGCAUGAAGAAAUGAUAAAUUCCCAUGCAAAAUCUUCAUUUACAAUUAUCGAGAGAGAAGCUACCAAAGUUGCUAACCAAGCUAUUAAUGCAUUAAAAGAAUCCAGAAAAGCUACCAAAAAAUACAAAGUUGGUACACCAACCUGGACAGGUAAAUUUGGGAAGGCUGGGAAAAUAAUUAAACCAGUGCAAUCUAAAAAUAAAUUCGGGAAACCUUCAAUUGGAUCGCAACAAAUAUUAGCCAAUAUUAAACAAACACAAAAAGAAGCUUCAAUUCAAUCAAAGAUAAAUGAACCUAAAGUUAAGUUCAAUGAAGACCAGAAUACAAUUAUCAAGAUGGAAUCAUAUCUGAAAGCCCAGCAAAAUUGUUUUGCCUCUUCGAGCAGCAUCAUCGAGAACAUUGGGAUAAAAUUAACAGAAAGAGAUCAAAUAAUUAAAGUUAGAGCCCUAUUGAAAACGAUCGCAACCUUCAAUUCUGAAUUGAAGGGCUGGAUACUGAAAGAAGAGUUUAGAGAUAAAUAG